AUGCGAACCAACCCGACGCCCACAGCGCCGCUCUUGGUCUCUAUUGAGAAGGCAUUGCAUGUGUAUUUCUCUAGCGAAUCUUCCGUUCUGGAUGCCGAAGACCCCGUCCAAUUCCGCUCUCAGAUGCUGCUUCACGACAGCGACGGCAGCGCUGAUGAUACCGAACGUGACGAUGAAGUGGCAACACCCGCGACUGUUGAUAACACCUUGCUUGGCGUGUCAGGAGAAUCGUACACAAUGCAGUUGGCAGUGAUUCUCCACGCGUGGCAUUCGACCGGCACGAACCCGCUUGUAUCACUGCCAUCCACCACCGAAGAAACCUCAAUUGACGGUGUGACUCCCGAGUUCACAAGCCGACAGAGAAUUCUAGAAGUCUCAGUAGACGCCAUCCACUCGUUCAUUACUGCAAUCGAAGGUGGUACAGAUAAAGAGGUUUUAACAGCAACAACAACACUAGUAGACGAGUUAGGCGGCGCGCGUGGCCUCCUGACCUUGCUGGGGUUCCAGCAAACCGUGGGAAGUCGCACCUUGGCACCGCUCACGCUUUGUCAAUGUCUUGCAGCGUUCGCACAGCGUCACACUCCCGGUGAACCGCUCACGGUCGGUGCGAGGGCGUUUAGCAAGCAUUGCACCAGAAGUUCGAGUGGUUGGUGGGGUGAGCUGAAGGGGAACGAUGUAGCCAAGAACCUGCGAGCUGAGACCAAAGUCCGCGAACUACUUGCUGCAGCUACCUGGAAGAACAUCCAUAGCCUCCCACACGCUCAUGCGACGAUGGAAAUCCGCAACGCAUUGGGGUACGGGGCCCGGUGGGAUGCAGAGACUCAAAACUUCAGAGGAUUUCUCGAGCCACCAAUGCUCAAUGGCCAUGAGAUCAAGUGGCGACACUAG